CCGUCGUGGGCGUCCCAGCUCUGGAACACGGGCGCUGCCUCUCGCCCCGUCGCGUCCCCACCGCCUUCCCUGCUCCACCCGCCCCACCCGCCCCUAUUCGAAGACGCCUACGCGACCCAGCGGCAACGAACCCGAAGGAACCCCAACCCUCUGGCGCACGUCUUCCAGUCUUCCAGUGCCCCCUCGGGCAUCCAAUCGCGGGCUCCCAGCCUGGCGCGCACCUACAGUCGUCGUGCCGAGUCGGCGGACCUGGACGACGAUCCGAACGCCACCGUGCGCAGGAAGAGAAAGGUGGACCUCUCGCCCGAGCCCUCCGACCACGAUCGACCGCGGUCGAAAUCUCAUCUCAAGCCUCCCAAAUUGGCACCCUCCGCGUGGCAGCUGUACUUCACCGAUUGGAUCCAGAGACACCAAGCUACCAAUACGAGGAAACUGAAUGUCGCACAGGCCGCCAAGGAGGCGGGCGUCGAAUACGCGCAACUGAGCAAUGCUGAGAAAGAGCCUUACAAGCGGCGUUCCCAGGCCAUGAAGGAGAUCCGGGAGCGUGAGUACUCUGCGUACAUGACCUCCCUGACUCCAGACGACAUCAAGCGCGAGAACACGUUCCGCGCAGCGCAGCGCAAGGCCGGGAAAUCGCGGAAGGGCAACAUCAAGGAUCCAAACGCGCCGAAGAAGCCCCUGAGCGCGUACUUCAUGUUCCUUCAGAGGAUACGAUCGGAUCCCGAGCUCGUCAAGGACGUAUUCGGUGAUGAGACGGAAACGACGAAGCAGAGUGUCCUAGCUGCCGGGAAAUGGCGCUCGAUGACAGAUGAUGAGCGCAAGCCCUUUCUCGCACAGGCCGAGCAAGAGAAGUUGGAGUACGAAGCGGCUCGGAAGAUGUACGAAGACGGCACGGUAGGAUACGGAACGAGCAUCAGCUUCAGCGUCUUGCCGGGCAAUCCU